AUGGCUCCCAUUAUUUUGCUAACCGGCGCGACCGGCCUAAUUGGCUUCCGCAUCCUCAUUGAGAUCCUCAAGUCUUCCGCCUACGACGUUCGAAUCACAACCCGCUCCCAAGAAAAGGCAGACUCCAUUCUGGCCAAUUCUGCCAUCCAGAGUCUCUCUCCGGGCGACCGACUCUCCAGCAUCAUAAUACCCGACUCCACGACCCCCAAUGCCUUCGAUUCCGCCCUAAAGGACAUAACCUACGUGAUCUACGCCGGCUCCCCAGUCCCCGUCCCCGGCUUCGACGCCACAACCCAAAUCUGGACCCCGAGCAUCACCGGCCCGGCCAACCUUCUCUCUACAGCGCUCAAAUACCCCAGCAUCAAACGCAUCGUCAUCACGUCCUCCAUCGUUGGCACGCUGGACCCAAUCCCCAACCCAUACAUCACCGCAACCGCAACCACCCGCAUCCAUCUUCCCGCCCUCCCCUCCGCCUUCACCUCCAUUUUCGAAGCCUACAUUCUCGCAAAGAUCACCGAGUUAAACAUGACCGACUCAUUCAUGGAAACAAAAAAACCCCAUUUCUCCGUCGCCCACAUCAUCCCGGGCUACGUCUUCGGCCGCGACGAGCGAAUCUAUGACGCGAACACCGCUCGCAAUAAUCGGUCGUCUUGCGGCAUGCUUCUUCGGGGGUUCACGGGAUCGGGUAUCCCUAGUCAUAUGCACGGCGGGUUCGUGCAUAUCGAUGAUCUAGCCGCCGUGCAUAUGAAAGUCCUCGAACUUGAACCAACCCCAGACACCCCGACAAGCUUCGGGGCAUGCACUGUGGUUGAUUUCUCAAGGGUCUGGGAAAUCAUCGAGAAGAAGUUCCCUAAAGCAGUCGCGGAGGGGAUCUUUGAGUGCGGGUCGCUACACACUCUACCUAUUGCGUAUGAUUCGUCCGAGACGGAGAGGAUCCUGGGGAUCAAACUCCGGCCUUUCGAGGAGGCUGUUUCGGAUGUAGCGAUGCAAUAUUUAGGAUUGAUGGGGGAAGGAGGUUUCGUAGAUAGGAUGGGAUCUUUGAUUUGA